AUGGUGACGGCGCAGCGUGUAACUCUAGAUCAAAGGCAGCUUGCCCGUAGCAUGGGCCUGGAUCAUCUGCUUGACCUAAAAUGUGAUACUCUGCCGCGCGGUGUCGUUCAUUAUCUGGCAUCAAACUUUGAUGUACCCUCAAGGGCUAUUGAACUCCCCAAUGGGUUCAAGUUCACAAUCACACCCUACUGCAUACACCAGGUCCUGGGGAUACCACUUGGCGGCAGAACCAUAGAGAAGAAGCAAAACCCAGCACUUAGAUCACUGAUUGCUCAACAGACAAAAUGCAAAGGAAACUACCCAACCAUAAACGAGCUGGAUAACUUGAUACAACCUGGGCUAGAUGGAGAUUCAUUCAAAAGGAUUUUCACAAUGUAUGCGCUCACCGUGCUCCUCUGCCCUUCAAGCCAUGGGGCUGCUAGUCCAGAUUACUACCACAUUCUGGAAGACCCUGAACAGAUUGGCUCAUUCGACUUCUGCACGGCUGUCCUUGACAAGCUUGUGGCGUCAAUUGAUAGCUACAAGGCUGGAGCCACAACGGUGCUCGGCGGGGAUCUCUUAACACUCACGAUCAUAUACUUUGAAUUUCUUGACACCGACAUCAUGCCGGUCACAAGCAAGCGGCCACGGAUUUCACUUUGGACGUCUGAAAUUGUAGCAGAAUAUGAAAGGCGGGACUGCACAAGCAGCGAUAAAUUGCUUUACGGCAGGCUCCCGACAAAGCGUGUCUCGGAAACACCCUUCGGUCAAAUCAACAGACAGCCAAAAGUCACACUAGGUGCCUCGUAUGAUGAACUCCUGCAGUUCACCCUCUCAAUUGUUCCAGAGGAAAACCACCAGAUG